AUGACAAAACAAAACGACGAACCUUCUUCCAAUGAUACAGAUUCGCAAAGAGAUAAUGCGGCAACUAAUAUUAAAUCUAAUGACCAAAAUAGUCCCUCUACUAUUAACAAUGGUUCUAAUACUAGCUGUAAUUCUGAUGACGAUAGUUCUAAGGAUGUUACUAGCCGCAAUUCUGACGAUAGUUCCAAGGAUAAUACCGGCUGCAAUUCUGACGAUAAUUCCAACUCUGACGAUAAUUCCAAGGAUGCUACCACCUGCAAUUUUGACGAUAAUUCCAACCAUAACGAUAAUUCCAAGAAUGUUACCACCUGCAAUUCUGACGAUAAUUUCGAUAAUUCUAAGGAUACUACUAAUUCUACUCUUAGCAACGGUGCUUCUAUUAGUGAGCAAAAUUCAGAGCCUACUAGUGAUAACUAUUUUCUUAAUGACAAACAAAGUCUUAACAACGAUACUUCUAAUACUGAGCAAAACUCAGAGCCUACUAGUGAUAACUAUAGCCUUAAUGCCAAACAAGGUCUUAACAACGAUACUCCUAAUACUGAGCAAAACUCAGAGCCUACUAGUGAUAACUAUAGUCUUAAUGCCAAACAAGGUCUUAACAACGAUACUUCUAAUAUUGAGCAAAACUCAGAGCCUACUAGUGAUAACUAUAGUCUUAAUGCCAAACAAGGUUUUAACAACGAUACUUCUAAUACUGAGCAAAACUCAGAGCCUACUAGUGAUAACGAUACUUCUAAUACUGAGCAAAACUCAAAGUCUACUAGUAAUAAAGGUCAAGGCUCUCUUAGUGGUGAUUCAAACAAUACUGAUAAUUCGCGAUAUUUAGACCCAAUUAAAUCGAUCGUUUCAUUAGUUAGCAUUAGUAUUUUAGUUGCAGCCAUCGCUAUUAUUUUCGGAUUUGCAUUUAAUUAUGAA